AUGUCGCCCCCCAUGCAGCUCACCUCCCAUCUCACAACACCUUAUACUCCUAACAGCGACGCGCUCGACCGCCAUGACUAUGGCAUAUCAAAGAACAGGAAGCUUGCAUCUACUGGUGGAGGCAGGGCUUGGAGCGAAGAUGAGGAAGUCUACCUACUUCAGACUCGCCUGCAGAAAAUGCCAUACAAGCACAUCGCUGCUCAUCUGAAGAAAACUGAGCUUGCUUGUCGCUUACAUUAUCAUCAACUAAGCCACGGAAGUAACCGCCGCAAGCGCACCACUUCGUGUUCUUCCGGUUCUUCUUCAGGCCAGUCACCAAUUUUACCUGCCAUUGUUCCAUCCCCUGUUCAUGAGUGCUCUUCACGAGACAGCACCCCUCCCGGAAGUGCUGGGAGUUAUGGUCCGGGUUCUCCAGGACCAGUCCAUCUUCCAAGCAUUAUGGCCAACAUGAAUACUUCGCCGCGUUUGCCUGCAAUCCUACCUAAGCCGGCUGCCAUGAACCUGACAACUGCCGCCAUGUCUCCAAGUCUCGGCUAUCCAACACCGAUUCCUGACACUGCGAGAUCUUUGGGUCCCUCGCCGUUUCCGCAUCCAUCUCCUGUUAUUCAUAGCGCUCCACUACGACUUGAUUGUGGCCUGCCGCCGCCCUCUACUCAUGUAGACAUUCCCCGACUGCAGUCAAUCUACUCAGCUCACCGAUCUUCCUUCUGGAAUGCAAUUGCCAACGACUAUGGUGUUGGUACAAGCCCGAUCGUCCUGGAGCAGGCUUGGAAGGCCAACAUUCUCAGCGCUGGUAUCCACACCCCCAUCUCACCCAUGGUCAGCCCCAACGACCGCGAUUUGGUCUACGAAAAGCAGGACAAGACACGUAUCAGCGCAAUUCUUGGAAUCGAUGCGAAUCCGCGUAGCCCUAAAGAACGUGAAAUGGUCAGGCGGCUUGAAGAAGAGAGAAGUGUUGGCGUCAUGGCUAGUGCUUAA